UGAAUGGGUCGAACCCGAAAUAAUAAAAACUCUAUUCACUAAAUGAAUACGAGUGAAAUUAUGUUGGGUGACAUUUACGCUCACUGUGUGCAAUUUUCUCUCAACAGACACAGUCACAGUGGUAAUGAAAGGCUUGUAUCUUGAGCUGGUCAAAAUACAAGCCAUGUUCACAACCAUUGAUUUUUCAAACAAUGUUUUCACAGGAGAGAUUCCGGGGGUGAUUGGCGAGCUUAAAUCAUUGAAGGGGCUUAACUUCUCUAGUAACAAGCUUAACGGUUCAAUUCCAUCCGCCUUCGGUAACUUGACCAGUCUCGAAUGGCUGGACAUCUCCUCAAACGUGCUUUCCGGUGAGAUUCCAAGGCAGCUAGCCGAUUUGACGUGGCUUGCUAAGUUAAACCUAUCAGGAAACCAGUUGGUUGGACCAAUACCUCGUGGCAAGCAGUUUGAAACGUUUGAAAAGGAUUCAUACAGUGGAAAUUUGGGGUCGUGUGGAUAUCCACUGUCUAAAACAUGUAUCAACGACGAAGCACCUCCACCACCAUUGUUUGAUCAGCAAGAUGGUGAUUUGAAUGGAUUUGAUUGGAAAAUAGUAUGGAUGGGUUAUGGAUGUGGAAUGGUAAUUGGAUUGUCUGUGGGAUAUUUCCAUUGGAAAAGUUGAUCGGCGGGUAAGGGUCAUGGGAAGAGAAAUAAGAAGCAGAAUGGUGAAAAGGGCCAAGAAGACUGGUGCUGGAACUAGAAAGUAGUGAUGGUCUAUUCCUUGGUUAUUACAAAGUCGUUCUAAGUAUUGGUUAUUUUGGUCCAGUUUUUUCUUAUUUUAGAGUUGCUUUUUGUUUAACUUUUUAGGGAGGGGUUUUGGUCGAAGUCCCCCUCUCCCGAUUUGUAUUUUAUCUUUCUACUUUUAAGUUUCAACAAAUAAAAGAAUG